UUUAUCUCAAAACUCUAUUGCUAGCGGGUAGUGAUAGUAAGUAGAGUAGCUUAACAUACAGAAUGUCCGGCGCCGACUCCAACCCUGACAUAAAACCCUCUCUCACCGACGCCGAGAUUUCUCGCUUCAUCGCUCUCAUCGAUGUCGAUAGAUUACGCUCUUAUAACUACACAGAGGAUGAGAAAUCUCGCCUUACAGCUCUCUUCGAUUUUAAUAAUAUCACAGAGGAUGAGAUAUUUCGCAUUGUCACUCUCUUCGACCCCGACCUUGUAAACCCAGCUACUCUUACCGUCUUCAUGAUUUUCUUUUCUUCUAUGUUCUUGUUUUCUGUGGGUGCUGUCCUCCAUGUCACGUAUGAGAAUCUCAAAAAAUUGGUAUCUUUUGCAUACAAUGCUGCUCAGAAGAAGAAGGUGCAACUUUCAGAGAGGUGCAUUAGUUUGUCUAGAUAUUCAAGAACUCUGGAUUUGAAGGGUCUUAAAGACAUUGGAGAAACCUACUUUGCAGAAACCUGCACGGUCUUUAGACAGGAGUCACAGGACAACUUCAAAUAGGUGUUGAUGGCAUUGGCAAGGUCUUUUCUUAUAUACCAUGAUUACCUAGCUUUUUGGAACACUUGUCAAAUCAUAAUUUACAUGUUAGAAGUGAUUAAUUUUCUCA